AUGCAGGCGCGCCUUGCUUUGGAGGUGCAGAAUUGCAGUUCGGUACAAGCCUGUGGCCUUGGCAAGCUCUUCCUUACCGUUGGGGCUUUGACAUCUCCUGGAUUUGACUUCACGGCCAGGAGCGAUCGGGUCAUGUUACACCAUUACUUGAAGCUACAGAGCAAGGUGAGGUCUCUUCAGUGGCGUCACUUGCAUGGCCUCCUGCGUCGGCACAGACUUUCUUUGGCCAGGGCCUCUGCGUUGGCAGAAUCUCCCACCACCGUUCGCCCUGAGGAUGUGACCAUCGGCCUCCAUGCGGACCCCCGAAGUGCUUCUGGGGCUUGGCGGGGCCAGGUCAGGGCCUGGGAGGCAUUUGCAGAAGCCCAAGCGCAUGGCUUCCUCCUGGAUAAGGAGAGCUACUUCAGUGGUUCUGUUUUUGCCAGAUAUGCCGACCUCUAUUGGGCCAGCUCUACACGUGCAGAUGACGGAUUCUGGCUGAACUAUGGCUAUCUCUGCCCUCAAGAUCCUCGUAAGUUGCUGCCUAGCCAUUCCUUCGCCUUUGCAAGCAUUGAUGAGGUUCUUCUGUCGAAGCUUGUGGUCUUCACUCAGCCGCCUGGCUAUUGGGACUCCCUGGAAGCACUGGCCCAAGCACUGCCCCAGAGCACCUGGACCGUGUGGGUCGACUUUGACCUGACCAUCUCACCCUGUUGCUUCGACUACUUCUCGUUCACGGAGCUGAUUGAGCGGAAGAGUACAGGCGACCUUCCGCAUGUCGUCUUCCGUGAUUCCCCGCCAGAGGACUACCAUCACCACUGUGCCAAUGCAGGCUUCGUGAUUGUCCGCAACAGUGCCAUUGGGAGGCUCUUCUUAGAGCUGGCCACGGAAAAGCGAAGCUGGCCGGGACUCCCCUAUGGAUACCAAGCAGCCGUGGCGGAAUCCCUGCUGGAGCUGCUGGGUAUGGAAUCUGCGGUUCUCCGAGGCGGUCCACCGAGCUAUUCCUCCGAGUGUUUACCACAUCUUGUGCUGGGAAAACCCCUGGGGGGGAGUAGCUAUGCAAACUACUGCAUGUGUUGGCGGCAGCAGUUGGACAGACUGAUCGGAAAAAACAGGGACAAGAGUCGCUGGGUCCACUUUCUGCGCUCGCGGGAAGGUCCGGAAGUUGGCCUCCUCCUUGCAAGCUUUUUCCUGUACCGUGGUUCAGGUCAGAAAGACAGAGGGAGGGGUGCUGGAUAUCUGCCCUUGAGAGCUUGGUCCAGGGCGAAGCAUCGAAGAUAUGUAGAAGCCUGGAUGCCGCCUGACUACAACUAUGGAGGACCCUGUGCCUUGCUGCCCCUCAUGCUCCACUGGGCAUCGCUGCCCCACAGGCCAGCACUAAUCUACGAGUUCUUGAGCCAUCGCUUUCCCAAUUCAAUGCCUUUGGAGGUUCUCGUCAACGGCACGACGCAAGAGGUAGCCACUGCUUAUCGAGCAGCAGCGGACGAAGGCCGAAAGAGUUGGCAUUCGUUUUUGAGACGGUAUGCAGACUUUGCCAGCAUCUGGCGGGUACAUCCAGAACACAUGGAUGAACCCGCUCAGCAGAAACUGGACGCGGCUGCCUGCAACCUAGGCUCACAGCGCAUAUGGCUUCUCGGUGGUUACACUUAUGGCUCACGUUCUACCAGUGUGAAGUGA